UUCUUCAAUCCAGUAAAUUAAACAUACAGCUUAAAAAUGAGUAAAGCCGAAGCUUCUAGACAGGGUGCUUACAAAAGCAACUCCAUUAACACCAGUGAAUCGCGUUUACGUCGUCAUGAGGUCACCGUGGAGUUACGUAAAUCCAAAAAGGAAGAUCAAAUGUUUAAACGCCGUAACAUCAAUGAAGAAGAUAUCACCUCACCGCUCAAGGAAUCAAAUGGCCAAUCUCCAGUACAAAUGACAGUGGAUGAAAUUGUUGCCGCCAUGCAAAGCACUGAUCCAGAGAGACAAUUUGCUGGUAUGCAAGCUGCUCGUAAAAUGUUAUCACGCGAACGUAAUCCACCCAUUGACUUGAUGAUUGGUCAUGGCAUUGUACCAAUUUGUAUACGUUUCCUGCAGAAUUUUGAUAAUCCCCUCUUACAAUUCGAAGCCGCCUGGGCUCUGACCAACAUUGCCUCGGGUACCUCCGAACAAACACGCUGUGUUAUUGAAAAUAAUGCUGUACCACAUUUUAUUGCCCUGUUGCAAUCGGAAAAUAUCAAUUUGGCCGAACAAGCCGUUUGGGCAUUGGGUAAUAUUGCUGGUGAUGGAGCUGCAGCACGUGAUAUUGUCAUUCAACACAAGUGUAUUGAUGGUGUUUUAAAUAUGGUCGAUUUACGUAAAGAUAUACCGAUUUCAUUUUUACGCAAUAAUGUUUGGUUAAUGUCGAACUUGUGUCGUAACAAAAAUCCCUCACCACCAUUUGAGGAAAUCAAACGUUUAUUGCCGGUGUUGUCGCAUUUGUUGUGCGGCACAGAUAUUCAGGUUUUGGCCGAUGCCUGUUGGGCAUUGUCAUAUGUGACCGAUGAUGAAAAUCAUAAAAUCCAAGCGGUUGUUGAUACGGGCGCUGUACCACGUCUGGUCGCCCUAUUGGGCACGGAUGAGCCGGCCAUUAUUGUCCCAGCAUUGCGUAGUGUGGGUAAUAUUGUUACUGGAACAGAUCAACAGACUGAUGCUGUAAUUGCUGCUGGCGGUUUACCUAAGUUGGGUCUUUUAUUGCAACAUUCCAAAAAUAAUAUUGUCAAAGAAGCCGCCUGGACUAUCAGUAACAUAACAGCCGGAAAUCAAAAACAAAUUCAAGCUGUUAUUGAUGCGGACAUAUUCGCUCAAAUACGUAAAGUCUUGGAGAAGGGCGAUUUCAAAUCACAAAAGGAAGCCGCUUGGGCUGUUACAAACACAACUACCAGUGGCACACCCGAACAGAUAAUCGACUUAAUUGAGAAAUAUCAAAUUUUAAAACCAUUCUGUGAUUUACUUGACGCCAAGGAUCCCCGCACCAUUAAAGUGGUUCUAACAGGUCUAUCGAAUCUCUUUGCCUUGGCCGAGAAAUUGGGUGGCACCGAGAAUCUCUGCCUAAUGGUUGAGGAGAUGGGUGGCCUCGAUAAAUUGGAAAAUUUGCAACAGCAUGAAAACGAAGAAGUCUAUAAGAAAGCCUAUGCCAUUAUUGAUGCCUACUUUAGCAAUGGUGAUGGUGCUGAAUCGGAAUUGGCACCACAGGAAGUAAAUGGUGCGCUAGAAUUCAAUGCUGCCCAAUCGAAGGCACCUGAGGGUGGUUUUACAUUCUAAGAAAAU